CGAGUGUAUGGGAAUAGACGUGUAAAAUGAAGUUGAAUGUAUCGUUUCCCGCCACGGGGGCUCAAAAGACCUUCGAGAUCCCCUCGGAUGACCACAAGCUGCGUCAAUUCUAUGACAAGCGUAUGGGCACGGAACUCGCCGCCGACCAUCUCGGCGAGGAAUGGAAGGGAUACGUGCUGAAGAUUGCCGGUGGUAACGAUAAGCAGGGAUUUCCGAUGAAACAGGGUGUCCUGACGAACACUCGUGUGCGUCUGCUGUUGAAGAAGGGCCACUCGUGCUACCGUCCCCGUCGUACCGGAGAGCGCAAGCGUAAGUCAGUGCGCGGUUGCAUCGUCGACCAAAACCUGUCUGCCCUGGCGUUGGUCAUCGUCCGCAAGGGAGAGAAAGACAUUCCCGGACUGACUGACGUGAACGUGCCCCGUCGACUCGGACCCAAGCGUGCGAGCAACAUCCGCAAGCUGUACAAUCUGGGCAAGGAGGACGAUGUGCGUCACUACGUCGUAAAGCGGCCGCUUCCGGUCAAAGAGGGUCAGAAGCCGCGCUUCAAGUCCCCCAAGAUUCAGCGACUGAUUACGCCGGUGGUGCUGCAGCGCAAGAGACACCGUCUGCUUAUCAAGAAGCGCCGUUCCGAGGCUCGCCGUGAGGCGGAAGCUCAGUACGUGCGCCUGUUGACGCUGCGUCGUCGCCAGGAGCGCGUACGCCGUCGUUCUCGUUUGUCCUCGAUGCGUGAUUCGCGUAGCUCCAUCACGUCGGAGAAAGACAAGAAGUCGCUGGCCGUCGCCAAGAAAAAGGAAGCUGCCUCCAAGAAGGAGACCUCGAAGAAGGAAGCCGCCCCCGCCAAGAAAGCAACCACCAAGAAGGAUGCUGGAAAGGCCGGCAAGAAGGAAGUGAAGAAGGAUGGCAAGAAGGAGGUGAAGAAAGACGCGAAGAAGGACACCAAGAAGGAUGCCAAGGACACCAAGAAGGAUGUCAAGAAGGACGGCAAAAAGGAGGUCAAGAAGGAAGUGAAGAAGGAGGUCAAGAAGGAGGAGAAGAAGCCGGCAGCAGCCACUGCCAAGAAGGCGGCGGCGGGCGCCAAGCCCGAUGCCAAGAAGGCCGCCCCGAAGACCGAGGGCAAGAAGCCGGCGGCGUCGGCCGGUGGGGAUAAGAAGCCUGCAGCCAAGAAGGAAGCUCCGGCGGCGAAGAAGGAAGCCCCGAAGCGCAAGCCCGAGCCAGCCCAGAAGGGAGAGGCUAGUGCGGCUAAGAAGGAGAAGAAACAGCAGCAGCAGAAGAAGAAGUAAACAGGGCGAGAUAAAAACGGUUCCGGCAUCACCUCCGGCGCACUGAAUUCCGAUUCUGUCUCUGAACCUGCGCCCGAUUUCCUUCCGGGUUCGCUAGUAGGGGUUUUGUAAUUUAAUCUUAAACGAUAUGAAAAACACAAUACAAAGGUUAAGAUAAAGGAUCGGA